AUGGGACUUGGUGUGUUGGAGGUUCCCAAUGUCCCACAUGUUCCUGGUGAGUUUUUUUGUAAUAGAUGCAAGGUAUAUGCUUAUUAUCGUCUAGGUUCCUCCUAUAUUUUAGAAGAGAACCACUCAGAUAGUGCCGCCUCAAGCCUCAAGCAUGAUCUUUCAGGCUCAGCUCCCACCGUCCUCGUUCCUCAGCCAAGUGACGACCCCAAUGAUCCAUUGAAUUGGCCAUUAUGGAGGCGCGAUGUCAUCCUAGCUGCCCUCUCCUUCGUUGCAGUGCUCUGCUCAACGACUAGCUCCCUUAUGGCUGCCAACACCGUGACAAUUGCCCUCUACUACGGGAAAGACUUCACCUCUGUCGCUCUUCUCACUGGAUACCACCUCUGCGGUGUGGGGGUUGCGGGGAUCUUGAUCGUCCCAACAGCACGGGUAUGGGGCAAACGUCAUCUGUUUGUCCUGGGGAAUAUCUUGAUGGUGGUUAGCUGUGCUUGGGCAGGGGGGAGUGGCUCGAACUAUUCCAGCCUUUUAUGGGCUCGCAUCUUUCAGGGUGUCGCAUUGGCUCCCUUUGAAGCUCUGGUGAAUGCAUGUGUCGGUGACCUAUUCUUCGUCCACGAACGUGGAAAGAGAAUGGCGCUUUCGAACGUCGCUCUGUUUGGAGCUGCCUUUUUGACGCCGGUUUUGGCUGGCAAGAUAACGCACAGUCUAAGUUGGGAGUGGACUUUCUACCUCGUGGCCAUUUUCACAGCGGCAGCUCUGCCGUUGACGUUCUUUCUUAUCCCCGAGACGGCAUUCAGACGUCCAGAAUACUUGAACACUGAUUUCGAAAGUGACUCCACACGUCAAAGUGAGAGUGUGGUUGAUUCGCAGUGGCCACUUAGGGAAACUUCCGAAGAACACCCAGUCUUUGAAGAACAGAAGCAGUCUUCGUUUAUUCAUAAUAGGGGAAGAACUGAUAAUCCCCAGGAAUCUUCCAGGAAGGACUCGUACCUGAAGACACUAAGGCUCUUCAACGGGCGCAAGUCUGAUGAGAACUUCUUAAAGCUUUUUCUGAGGCCAUUUCCUUUGUUCUUCCACCCUGGAAUUCUCUGGGCUUGCUUGAUCCAAGGUGUUCUCAUCGGCUGGACUGUCUUUAUUGGAGUUGUCCUGGCUGCCAUCUUCUUGGGGCCACCCCUAUGGUUCAAUGAAGUUCAAACUGGAUACCUUUACACUGGCGCCUUUAUCGGCUCCAUUUUGGGCUUGAUCUUUUCAGGUCUACUGUCCGAUUCGAUCAACAAGGUGAUGAUCAAGCUCAACAAAGGAAAGUACGAGCCCGAGUUCCGCAUCCUUCUCGUCGCCUUCCAAUUGAUAUUCAGUGGAGCUGGAUUGUACGGGUUUGGUAUUGUGGCCAACGAUGUUGCGAGAUAUGGAUGGCUUGUGGUAGACGUUUUCAUUGCGUUUGUGAUUAUCGGGAUGGUCAUGGGCGCAGUUUCCAGCUCGCUAUAUAUUGUGGAUGCACACCGUCAAAUUGCCAUCGAAGCGUUCACAUGCCUGCUCAUAUUUAAAAAUAUGUUCAGCUUUGUUUUGACGUUUUACGCAUAUGACUGGCUUGUGUCGAACGGGAUCAAGCCUGCAUUUAUGGCAAUAGCCAGCAUCCAAAUGGGCCUUUGUCUCUUGAGCAUUCCUAUGUAUGUUUGGGGGAAAUGGAAUCGCUUUUUCUUCAACCGUUGGGACAUUUUGAAAAUACUGCAUCUCUGGUGA